AUGAACCCGCUUAGACAUAGGGAGAUUUCUCUCCUCGUACCCGCACCAACUGAUGAGAAGACUCUGGAGAAGGUGUUAGCGAAGGAGCAAUUCAAGUCGGUCUGUGUGGGAGGACCUCAGUCGGAAUUUGAUAGUACUGAAAGUGGAGAUUCUAUUCUCUUGGAGAUCAGUGACAAGUUAAAAUGGACUGAACUGUGUGAGCAUACGCCAGAGAUGCUGGUAACGAAAGCUGGGAGACGGAUAUUCCCCGCCUUGUCAGUUACAGUGACGGGUCUUGAUCCGGACUCGUGCUACACAUUUUUAAUUGACCUGGUCGCUGUCAACCAACGCACCAUGAAAUGCGACGCCGAUGGCUGGCGUGAUGGCCCAAUUGCGGCUCCGUAUCCUCCAUAUGACAAAACAAAGCCACUUUUCUACGUUCAAGGCGCUUCACCACAACCUGGAGCACACUGGAUGCAAAAUGGGGUUGAUUUUUCGACUGCAAAGAUAACCCACAAUAGAGAUGCUCAUCAGCACCAAAAUAUGGUAUGUCAUGUCGUGUCAUGUUACUGA